AUGAUAGAAACAGCUGCAAUUAUAACAAAAGGCGGGGUUCUUCUUUGGUAUUAUACAUUUAAUAUAUUAGAUGGAGUAGAAAAACAGCGUGACACUCUUCAGAAAUUUAUAGAAAAAUAUAUUGUGGAAGAAAAUACAGAUUUUUUAGCUAAAGUAGACUACCUUUCAGUUGAAUGGACUUCUAUAAAUAACAUAUCUGCCGCUAUUAUCGUUCUUUAUGAUACUUUUGAUGAAAUCAAAACUUUCGUUGAAAAAUUGAAAACUGAAUUCUUGGCUUCCAUAUCAGAUGAUUCAAUUGCAUCUUUGACAGACCCUACAGACAUUGAAACUAAGCUUAUAGAUCUGUUUCAAAAGAAGAAUUUUAAUCAAAACUUUUUUAAUGUAUUAGAUCAGUGCGAAAAAGUGACUUCAGUAACUGGCAAUCAAUUGAUUGAUACAGAACUUUUGAAUCCUGUUCUUGAAGAGCUCAAAGAUCAUUUAAUAGGCAAAAAUGUUGCUACAGACGUAGCAAUUCAGAUAACAGACUCUAAAGGAAAGCUAAAUGUAAUGAUAGCCGCUUGUGACACUUUUCGUUCUGGUGCAAUUGAACAAUUGAAGACUCAUGCAGAAAAUCUCGAUAUCAAAUUAUUUCAGCAAGGAUAUGGAAAAGACCCUGCUAUUACGUGCAAAUUAGCGUUAAAACAUGCACAAGAAACCAACAUGGAUGUUGUACUUAUUGAUACGGCGGGUCGCAUGCAAGAUAAUGAGCCACUUAUGCGUGCUUUGGUCAAACUAAUCACUAUCAACAAUCCAGAUCUUAUUCUUUUUAUAGGAGAAGCUUUGUUUGGAAAUGAUUCUGUUGACCAGCUUAAGAAAUUUCACAAAUGCUUGAUAAAUUAUGCUCCUUAUAGUAAAGAACCUAGAAGUAUAGAUGGCCUUAUAAUAACUAAAAUGGAUACCGUAGACGAAAAGAUUGGAACAGCAUUGACGAUGGCUUAUGUUUCUGGAAAGCCUAUUGUAUUCAUAGGAACUGGACAAAAAUAUCCGGACUUACAGCCUCUUCAUGUAUGA